AACCUCAAUAAUUUUCCACCGUUAGAUAUAUACACACAUCACUCCUUAUACUCUCUCUCCUCAACGGGCUGCUUCUUUGGUCCCUAGAGAAAAAAAAUAAACUGUGUGAGAGAUGAAUACCAACAGAUGCAAAACCAUUGAUGAAAUUUCACUCAUGAAGGGUCCAAAUUCUCUCGGAGGCGUGCGCCGAAGUAGAGAUACAGACGUUACAAGCUCCGGUUCCACUAAACGAACAAAAUUCGAUCAUGAUGAUCACGACAAUGUUGUUCUUCAGCUGGAAAAUCAUUGCCAGAGUAAAAUUGACAUGAAUUUAACCGAGAAGGAUGUUUCUUCGACGGAUUCGGGUGAUCAUGUUGUGUCGUCAACUUGUUUUGAAGAUAAUUUGAGUUUAGAUCUGAAGACCGAGUCUCGUUUCAAAACGGAAACAUCCAUGUCCAGCAAUGACGGUUUCAGAGAAACGUCAUCAUCAAGCGAGAUUUGUCUAGAUUCCGACGAAAUGGAGUCUUCAUCGAAAUUAAAAUCGAAUCCUUCACCGCCACUACCGCUAUCACCGGCCGCUACCUCCUGUCGUAAACCGCCCACCGCGGAAAAUAAUCCGACGCCUGCGGAGAUCGACGAGUUUUUCUCCGUCUUCGAGAAAAAAGAACAAAAGCGAUUCGCCGAUAAAUACAACUAUGAUAUCGUGAAUGAUGUACCAAUGGAAGGUAGGUACCAGUGGGUGGUAUUAAAGCCAUGAAUGUGAGAUCAAACAAGCAGGUGAAUGCUAAUUAAGCUUUGACAGUGAAGGAAGAUGCUGCUGCUUCUUCUUUGUUAAUUAAUUUUUAAUAAUAAUAAUAAUCACAAUUUCCAACUGUCACUAAAUUCAAAAAAAUUCAGUUUAUUUGGAUUAUGGCAGUUAAAGGAAAUCCUGUUUUAUGUAUAGGCACAUCAAUUUCUAACUACUAUGUGUAAAAUAGCUGCUUUCUGUUUUAUUUUGAUUUGUGACCUACACUA